CCAAACGCAACAAAAGAGGUUCUUUCUCGCGCCAACGGCGUUGACUGCAUUCGUGACGUCAUUAUUUACAAGUGAACAACCAGCCACCAGCCAGCCAAAAUGUCUUCCCUCGCAAGCUAUUUGCCUGCUCCAUCGCAGCCAACAUGGGACAGAGACGAGGAAAGAUCGAAAUUGAUGGCCAAACAGGGGAACAUGGCAAUGAUCCCAGUUGGACCUGCGGCCCCUCCUUAUGGACAGAGACAGGGAUGGAUACCCAGAAAUCCAGAGGACUUCGGAGAUGGCGGAGCCUACCCUGAAAUUACUGUGGCUCAGUUCCCACUUUCUAUGGGCAGACCAGAAAAAGCAAGUUCGUCUAACGCGCUUGCUGUGCAGCUAGAUGCUGAAGGGAAGGUGAAAUACGAUGUGAUUGCCAGGCAAGGCCACGCUAAGGAUAAAAUUGUCUAUUCUCGUCUAUCUGAUUUGCUCCCGGCUGAAGUCUUAGCAGAAGACGAUCCAUCAUUAGCAAAGCCUGAUGAUGAGGAAAUCCAGGAAAACACUGAAAAAACUCGUUUGGCAUUGGAAAAGUUAACACAGUCAAAAAUUGCUGCAGCAAUGCCAGUUCGGUGCGCAGAGAAAGUGGGUCCAGCUCAGUACAUUCGGUACACACCUGCCCAGCAAGGUGCAGCCUUCAACUCUGGCGCCAAGCAACGAGUGAUCCGCAUGGUCGAGCUUCAGUCUGACCCAAUGGAGCCACCAAAAUUCAAAAUUAACCAGAAAAUCCCACGAGGUCCUCCCUCUCCUCCUGCACCCGUCAUGCACUCACCAUCUAGGAAGGUCACUGUGAAGGAGCAAAAGGAGUGGAAAAUUCCACCGUGCAUUUCAAACUGGAAGAACGCCAAAGGCUUUACCAUUCCAUUAGACAAACGCCUGGCCGCUGACGGUAGAGGCCUUCAACAAGUUCACAUAAAUGAAAAUUUUGCAAAACUUGCCGAAUCCUUGUACAUUGCUGAUCGAAAGGCAAGAGAGGCUGUUGAGACGCGAACCCAACUGGAAAAGAAAAUGGCCCAGAAAGAGAAAGAGAAGAAAGAAGAAAACUUGAGGAUGUUGGCCCAAAAGGCCCGCGAAGAGCGAGCUGGAAUCAGAAGAGAAGCAGCUGCUGAAAAAGAUGACGACGCAAGAGAACGCGAUCAGAUGCGCUACGAUCGUCAUAAGGAAAGGGCUCGUGAGAGAAACAUUGCAAGAGCCGCUCCAGACAAGAGGAACAAAUUGCAGCGUGAAAGGGAGCGCGAUAUUAGUGAACAAAUCGCGCUUGGCCUUCCAGCGAGAGGCCAAUCGUCCAAUGAAACGCAGUACGACCAGCGCCUGUUCAACACUAGCAAGGGAAUGGACUCAGGAUACGGGGAUGAUGAGGCGUACAAUGUUUAUGACAAGCCCUGGAGGGAUGGUAGCAAUGUUGGCCAGCACAUCUAUCGUCCUUCAAAGAAUGUUGACAAGGACAUUUAUGGUGAUGAUUUGGAAAAGCUGAUGAGCAAUAAGAGGUUUGUUCCUGACAAGGAGUUCAGCGGCACAGAUAGAGGAGCGUCUGCCAGGAGCGGGCCGGUGCAGUUUGAGAAGGAUGAGGAGGAUCCGUUCGGUCUUGACCAGUUCUUGACUCAAGCUAAGAAAGCUGCUGCCAGCAGCAAGAGACCCAAGGAUGACAGAGAUAGCAGCAGGAAAGAUGACAAGUCAAGUUAUGACAGAGGAGACAAGCGUCGUCGCAAAGACUAGAUUUUCUUUUGCGAAAAUUUUGAAAUUGAUUUUGGUAAUAUAAUUGAAAUAAACAAUGCCGCACUUAAUCUAGAUUUUAA